GAUUUUUUUAGGGGUUUGAGAUGUUAAGCUUGGAUCGUGAGCGGUCUGAAGGUUCAGCGUUGGAGAUCAUUUGCCGCUUUGAAGAUGUUUGAUUGGAACGAGGACCGGGUCGGGGACACAAUAUGGGGUGAAUUUAGUGAGAGUGAAGACCAUAUUGUGCCUUAUCCUAAAGAAGGUGAAGAGGACACAUUGCUUAUUUGUCAUGAUUUUGGCAAAAAGCAGAAGAACGAAGGGAGCACAACUGAUAUAAAGUCUGCACAACAAACUUCUGAAGACAAAAGGGAUUUACCUGGAUGUGAUUUUGAAAACAGUUCUAGUUGCAAUGCAAAUAAAGAGUUUUCUGCUCCAAGGCUUGACUUGGACUCAUGGCCUGAUUUACCUUCCAUAAGUGCUGCACUUAGUAAAGGGUACAAUGAUGAAAAUAAUGAGAGCUCAUUGCAGGCUGGAUUAAUGGACUUUUCUGAAGCAUCUAACUUAAACAGUGUUAGAGUGCAGCUAGAGGGCAAUCAUGAACUCUUCAAUAAUGAGCAUGAUGAUAGGGAGGAUGACAGUUUUCUUGAUUGUGAUUGGGCUAAUAUGGGAGACUUCGACGAUCUUGAUAAAAUAUUUAGAAGCAAUGACUCCAUAUUUGGACAUGAUAUUGGCAGUAAUGCAGAUGAAUUUCUAUCUUCAUCUGCAGAUGUUAUUAGUGGCACUGCACAGUCAAUUCCUAUGCCAGAUAUUCCUAUGAGCAGGGACCAGCCGUCUGAUCAAGAAUUUCCAUAUGCUUUUAGUGAACAUUCUGAUGGGAUUAGAAAGCCAGAAGAGAAUGUUCAUCCACAGUCUACAUUUCCUUAUCAUCUUUGGCAGACAUCUGAUAUUACUGUGAAAACUGAAGAGCAAAUGGUAUCUUCAUCCAAUCUGACUAAUCACUCUUCUGGGAUUCAAACUCAGCCAUCAGACAAGGCGGGUAAGCAAUCAAAACAGGUGAAGCCUCGCAAAAAAGCAGAGGAUAGAAGCAAGAAUAAUUUUUCACAGAACCUGAACGGUGCUUGGUCCAAUAGAAUCAGCCAAAGCCAACAAUUUCCAAGUCCAAAAGCGCAUCCUUCUCUGUUAACUUCUGUGCAAACUUUCCAGCAUCCAGCUAUCAGUCAGCAAAGGCAGGGCGAGUCUGAACAUAUGGGGUACCCAAUCUCGUCCAGUCAGUUUAUGUUUUCUGGAUAUGGAUUUCCGGCCUACUCAUUUCCGGCGAUUCCUGUGCUUCCAUGUGCGCCAGCUGAAAGGAACCAGAUGGCACCAGUAGUUGUUGGUUACAAAUCUAAUGUGGAUCAAUCUAAAGGUCCCAAUAGUUCAGAUAAACUGCCAGAUAGCUCAAAACCAUUGACCAUGACACCUCAAGAAAAGAUAGAAAAACUAAGACGACGGCAGCAGAUGCAAGCAAUGCUUGCUAUUCAGCAGCAACAGCAGCAAUUUGGUAAGCAAAUCAGUGGUUCAGACAGUCUGGCCUCUCAAGCUUGUUCGCAGAAGAAUCAAAAUCAGGAUGCUUCAACAAGUACUAUUGGAGUUGAAGAAAGUGCAAAUAAGAUACUGUCAUCAGAAAUAGAAAAAAUGAAGUUUUAUACUUCAAUGCAGCUUGACACAAGAGUAAAACUUGGCAUUAGAGAUAGCUUGUUUCGUCUGGCCAAAAGUGCUAUGGAAAGACAAAGUGCAAGUGAUAGAAGCAGUACUAACAAAAUCAACAGAGAAGAUGAUGAGGUUGCUGCAAAAAUAUAG